AUGACAGACCCCAACACGUCCUUCUUCAUCGGCGUCGACGACUUCUAUGACAUCUACAGCGACAUCUACACCGAGCUCAACUACACCGAGCAGGGUCACAACAACAACAGCUUCGUGGUGGACGAGAGCACGCUGCAGUGCGACCAGGCCACCUUCUCCCACGCCGUCAACGUGGCCGCGUGCGUCUUCUACGCGGUGGUGUUCGCGCUGGCCGUGCCGGGGAACGUGGUGGUGGGCCUGGUGAUCGGCUCCAAGAGGAGGCUCCUGUCCACCUCCGACGUCUACCUCUUCCACCUGAUGGUGGCCGACAUCGUCCUUGCGCUCUGCCUGCCCUUCCACGCCGUCUCCAUGCUGCGCGGCUGGCUGUUCGGCAACGUCAUAUGCAAGCUGGUGAGCGUGAUGAAGGAGGUCAGCUUCUACACCAGCAUCCUCUUCCUGGUCUGCAUCAGCAUCGACCGCUACCAGGUGAUCGUGCGCGCCAUGGAGGUGCGGCAGGGCAAGUGGCGGCUGGGCAGCUGCGUGGUGUGCCUGAUCGUCUGGGUGCUGGGCGUGGGGCUCUCCCUCCCGGCGCUCCACUUCGAAGCCUACGUGCCGCCGAACUCCAGCGAGAUGGUGUGCGCCGAGCACUACGAGACGGAGAGCUCGGACAAGUGGCGGGUGGCCACGCGCGCGCUGCGCCACCUGCUGGGCUUCCUGCUGCCGCUGGCCGUCAUGCUGUGCUGCUACGGCGUGACGGUGGCCCGCCUGCUGCGCACCCAGGGUUUCCGGCGGCAACGGGCCAUGCGCGUCAUCGUGGCGGUGGUGGCCGGGUUCCUGCUCUGCUGGGUCCCCUACCACGUGGCCAUGAUCGCCGACACGCUGCUGCGGGCCAAGGCGGUGUCGUACAGCUGCCGCACGCGCACCGCCGUGACCGUGGCCCUGUUCGCCACCCAGAGCCUGGGCCUGCUGCACUGCUGCGUCAACCCCGUGCUCUACGCCUUUGUGGGCCAGAAGUUCCGCAGCAACCUGGUGAGGCUGCUGUACAAGAAGGGAGUACUGGACAGGGGAUCCCUCAGCCGGGUCAGCAGGUCGACGUCUCAGACCUCAGAGCACCCCUCCACCGUGCUGUGAUAGACAUAGGCCGACCACACUGCACUGCACCUGACUGUGAGAGGGAGAGAGGAUUUUGUUUUCAUUUUGAAUUUGUUUGUUUGUUUUCAUUUAUUACUAUGUUGGCACUGAGGGAGGGGAAGAGAGAUUAGAGGAUUUAUCAACCCUGCUGUGAUAGUAUGCAUAAUCUAACUAUAAAGGGGAUGAAGGUUUUGGGUUUUUAUAACAUUUGAAUGAAUUAUUUUUUUACAUUUGAUAAUUUUUUUUCACAUUAUUUUUUAUGAUUGCUUUGGAAUUGUCAGAGGGAGAAAGAGAGAUAUUGCUUUAUGUUUUUUAUAUUCUACAUUAUUUUUUACUUUUUAAAAACGUUUUGAACUAGUGUUUUUGUCAAUGGCGUAAGAUUAAGCUGAAAAGGUCCCUGAAAUAUGAAGGAACACUGUCCCCUAGUGUUGAGCAUGAACCCUUGUAUGCCUUGCAUCUGUGAGAAAGUCAUUCAAUAUUAUUUUUCACACACUUUUUAUGCACCAGUUAAACAUUCCAUGGUUUUUAUUUUAGUUAUAUUGUAUUAUUAUUGUAUCAUUGUCAAAUAUUCAGAACUUUUGAAAAGUGAUCAGUAGAAUGCUACAAGCUUACUCCAAUGCACUGUGACCAUGUGUUGUUCUUUCCAAUGCAAGGUUGACAUCUGGUGGUGAAAAGGGUUUAUUGACUUGAAAGUGAAGUGAAAGCCAAACUGGGGAACGCCAUCUCCCACACAGCACUCAAUAACAUCCAAGUGAACACUGCACACAAUAUAAUUGCAUUUAUGCCUCAACCGUUCAAGGCGGGACGGUACCAUGCUCAGGGUACCUCAGUCAUGGAGGAGGAUGGGGGAGAGCGCUGGUUAAUUAUUCCCCUCAGCAACCUGGCGAGUCGAGAGUCGAACCAGCAACCUGACGCCCUAACUGCUUACCCGUGACUGCCCUAGGGAAGGAGGGACGGCCACAUGAACAUAAAGGCUUUAGUUAACAUGUUUACUCAAAAAUGCGAAUGAUUUGAAAAAUAUUUGUUCACUUUCACAUGAUGUUAGAGUUUGAAAUUGUGCGUUUCAACAUUAUUCUGGAACAAUAUUCCUGAAAGCAGACAAUUCAAUUUCGCAAAGUAUGUUUUACUUCGGCUUUUUUUCGCACACCUCAGCUGGCAGGUGCGUCGGAGAUGGCACCAUGGGUCACUCAGCAAUAGUUCAAAGAAACUCCCGCACACUGACCA